AGAUCUAUCAAGAAUGCCAGAAGAAAGAAUCUACUCUUCAGGGAGAGAGCCAUAUUACAAUUUGAACUCAACUUGGUAUGGCCCAGCAGGAUCCUGGCUGGAUACUCGCCGCAAACCCUUCCACUACGCUGACAAUACCAGCUGCAUCACCGGUUGCAACCGCAGAGACGACAUCCCAAGAAGAGGAGGCCAUGACUACCGGUGCUACGGCUACCGUCGGUCCACCUGUAGAUCAGGGGGUAACCCAAGAGUGAGAUGCUGUGUCCACAACCCCUCAGGAGGACCUCGAGAUUAUUGGGGCCGACCAAUUGGUGAUGCGUGCAACGGGUGUACGGGUGGACAUUAUUCUAACGAAGAGUCGUUCUCUGGAGAAGCAUGUUGUGGGUCUUCAGGAGGAUGUGGCAGUGGAGGAACAGGGGCUUGUUCUCAGCCAGGUCUUACAUCAGUAGGGUGUGGAAGUGGGGGAAGAGGGGUAUGUUCUGAACCAGGGGGAUGUGGCAGUGGACGAAGAGGGGUAUGUUCUGAACCAGGAGGAUGCAGCACUGGAGGAAGAGGGGUAUGUUCUGAACCAGGGGGAUGUGGAACUGGAGGAAGAGGGGUAUGCUCUGAACCAGGAGGAUGCGGCACUAGAGGAAGAGGGGCAUCUACUUCAGCUUCUGGGGAAAGAUCUUCUGCUGCUUCUGUUGAGAAGAUCCUCCACCACAGCAGCCACCACUGCUUCUACCACCACAUCAGCCAUCACAACACCCGCAACAGCCACCACUUCUACUUCCACAACAUCCCCCACUGCUUCCUCUGCCACAUCCCCCACUUCUCUGGCUUUGCUGAGAUGAAGAAGACCCUCCACCACAACAUCCACCAUGACCGCCACUGCCACCACCACAACAGCUACAACAGCAGCAGCUUGCUCCUCUCUGUUGUUGUUGGCUCAUCUUUUCUAUGGCUGAGCCGGCAUUUGAAGCUCACCUCCAAGCAGCCUGCUGCCUGCAUCCCCGCCAUCAGAGGGGAAGCGGCGGCGGCCCCUUCCGGCACCAGGUCCGCGCACUUCCAGCCGCCACAAACCUCCACCCGGCAAACUUUCGCCGGGUAG